AUGGCAGACAAUCAGAUUACGCUCGACGUAUCCGGUCGCAAAUUUCGCACGUCUAAAUCAGUCCUCUCGGUCUCGCCUUAUUUUGAGGGUCUACUCACUCGCUGGCAAGACGGCGCGGACCUCCAGGCCGACGGCUCGUACUACGUCGACGCGGAUGCGCAUACAUUCGAGCAUCUACUCAGCUUUAUGCGUCGGCCUUCCAGGUUUCCGCUCUACUGGACGAGGAAAGACGGCUUCGACUAUCCUCUCUACAGCCGGGUCGAGGCAGAGGCGGAUUACUUCAUGUUGGAGGGGCUGCGGGAUUGGAUCAAGCAGCGCAAGUACCUGCAAGCAGUGGUGACAGUCUCACGUACCGACAGUGCUAUGAAAGACCAGAGACUAGUUGGCGAUGUAGUUAUCGAGAAAUAUGUCGUCAGGAAGGCUGGGCAUGUUCUCUGCCCAUUGGCAUGGCACCAUGACGUCAGGAAUGACUGUUGGCGCGACGAAGACUGCAGAAAAGCGAUGAUGGCCAAUGGGUUGCCAAUGAGCAGCGCACAAGAUGAGCUCCUCGUCGCCGUCACGGAGUUCCACUUCAACAAUGAGAUCUUGGUCAAUGACAGUCUAUAA